AUGUCAAACGUUGGUUUACAAGUUAGACAAGCAGUCCCAUCUAUUGACCCCGUUGUGGCCGAGUAUGCGGUUGGUUAUAUUCAACAUGUUUCCAGCUCUACAGAAGAUAGUGUUUUGGCACAACAAAUUAAUAUCCCAGAUGAAAUGACCUUCAUUAACGAUUUAUUGAUUCAAGCAGGUGGUUCUUCAGAAAAGGUGAAAUCAUUAACUGAAACCUUAAGCAAACAGUUGUCAGACAAAUUGAAUGAAAAUAUGGAAAAAUUGGCCCUCACUGGUGAUACUUCCAAGCGUUUGUUAGAUAUCAAUGUCUUGCAAAGCAACAACAAGAGAGAUAUCAAUUCAUCAUUGGCCUUGUUAACUAGUGGAAAUGAUAUUGCUCAUACUGGUAGACAAAUGGAAAGUAGAGUGGAUAAGAAGAAGUUGGAGAAACAAGAAAGAAAAAUUGCCAAAAAAGUUGCUAAACGUAAUAAUAAAUUUGUUAAAUAUGAAGCUUCUAAGUUAUUGAACCAAAAGAAGGAAGAAGAUUACGAUUCUUUCUUUUUGGAAAUCAAUCCAUUGGAUUUUGGUUCAAGUGCUGGUAAGUCCAAGGAUAUUAAAAUUGACAACUUUGAUCUUUAUGUUGGUGACGGUCAAAGAAUCUUGAGUGAAGCUUCAUUAACAUUGGCAUAUGGUAGAAGAUACGGUUUGGUUGGUCAAAAUGGUAUUGGUAAAUCUACAUUAUUACGUGCAUUGUCUAGAAGAGAGUUGAAUAUCCCUAAGCAUAUCACUAUUUUACAUGUUGAGCAAGAAAUUAGAGGUGAUGAUACACCAGCUUUGCAAAGUGUUUUAGAUGCAGAUGUUUGGAGAAAGAGUUUAAUUCAGGAAGAACAAAAAAUUAACGAAAGAAUAACCGAGAUUGAAAAAUUAAGAGGAGAAUUCGAAGAAGAGUCUCUUGAAGUUAAGAAGUUGGAUAAUGAAAGAGAUGAUUUGGAAACACAUUUACAAGAAAUCAGUGAAAAACUUUAUGACAUGGAAUCAGAUAAAGCCGAAAGUAGGGCUGCUGGUAUAUUAUAUGGUUUGGGUUUCACCAAGGAGACACAAAACUUACCAACCAAACAAUUUUCUGGGGGUUGGAGAAUGAGAUUGUCAUUAGCCAGAGCAUUGUUCUGUCAACCAGACUUGUUGUUGUUGGAUGAACCUUCCAAUAUGUUGGAUGUUCCUUCUAUUACAUUUUUGGCCAAAUACUUACAAACGUAUAAAUCUACUGUUUUGGUAGUAUCCCAUGAUCGUGCAUUUUUGAAUGAAGUUGCCACCGAUAUAAUCCAUCAACAUUCAGAAAGAUUGGACUAUUAUCGUGGUUCCAAUUUCGAUUCUUUCUAUGCUACCCGUGAAGAAAGAAUUAAAAACCAACGACGUGAAUAUGAAAGUCAAUUGGCAUACAGAAAACAUUUGCAAGAAUUUAUCGACAAGUUCAGAUACAAUGCUGCUAGAGCGCAAGAAGCACAAUCUCGUAUUAAGAAGUUGGAGAAAUUACCAGUAUUGGAACCACCUGAAGAUGAAAAGACUGUCACAUUCAAAUUCCCUGAACCGGAUAGUAUUUCAGCCCCAAUUUUGCAAUUACAAGAUGUCGGUUUUGGGUACGAUCCAAGCAAACUAUUAUUUAAAGACGUGAACUUGGAUGUUCAAAUGGAUUCAAGAAUUGCAUUCUGUGGUGGUAACGGUACAGGUAAAACCACAUUAUUGAAACUUAUUAUGGACCAAAAUUCACCAACUAGUGGAUAUGUGAAUAAGAAUGGUAGGUUGAGAAUUGGUUAUUUCGCACAACAUCACGUUGAUGCUAUGGAUCUUUCUCUUUCUGCUGUUUCAUGGAUGUCACAAGCUUUCCCAGGUAAGACUGACGAAGAGUACAGACGUCAUUUGGGGUCUUUCGGUAUCACGGGUUCAUUAGGAUUGCAAAAAAUGCAAUUGUUAUCUGGGGGUCAAAAAUCCAGAGUUGCCUUUGCUGCUUUAUGUUUGAAUCAACCACAUAUUUUGGUUCUAGAUGAACCUUCAAAUCACUUGGAUACCCAAGGUUUAGAUGCUUUAGCAGAUGCCUUAAAUAACUUUAAAGGUGGUGUGUUGAUGGUUUCGCAUGAUGUUUCCAUGAUUGAUAGAGUCUGUAAUGAAAUCUGGGUUGCUGAAAAUAACACUAUCUUUAAAUUCCCUGGUAAUAUUUAUGCUUAUAAGAAACAUAUUCUUGAAUCUGCUGAUAUUGCUGGUGUUGUCAAACAACAUUAG